CCUGUAAGUUUUUUUGUUAUUUUGAGAAAUCUACUCUCAUUGCGGCAGCUGAGUGAGCUUUUUUUUAUUUGAAUUUUCCUGGAUAAAAAAAGAGAUUUACGGGCUUAAACAGCGAUUAUACUUUUAUAAAGAUGGCGGCAAUUUGCUUUUAUUAGAAAUAUUUUGUCGCAUCUGUUGUAUGAGAGUAAAAAAAAACAGAGUUUAUAUUUUAGUCUCCACAAACGCAUGUUGACAUUCAGCCUUUUUAAAAUUAUUUUAAAAAUCAUUGAGAAGCAAUAGCAUUUUUACUGUACAAAAAUCGAAGUAAAAAUGCCAUUGAUGUGCAGGAAUAUUACGCGAAUGAGCUACUGUGUUCAUCGAUAUAUUCAUGCGACUGCUGUUAAUAAUAAAGCAUUUAAUUACGCCCGUAGAGAAGGUAAAUUCAUGAGAAAAAUAGUUUCCAAUGAAUUACCAAAAAGAAAAUGGUAUCCUGAGAAAAGUGAAAAAAUAGCUUCAUCACUUCCAAGCUCUGCGCAAAAAUUAGUGAGUCCACAUGUCACUCGACGAGUAAAAGUUUUAAAUAAACUUUUUAUGAAGUACAUAACAGAUAUAAUGACUACUGGAGAAGUAGCAGCAGAUGUAGUAGGACUUGGAAUUGAAAUUACUCAAGUAAAAAUAUCCAAUGAUUUUCAAAUAGUAAGAGUGCUAUGGUAUUCAUAUAAUACAGGUAAUUUAGAUCAAAUAACUGACAUAUUAAAUGGAACUGCAUACAAAUUACGACACGAACUAUCUCAGUUAAAAAUUAUUGGUGUCGUUCCUCCAAUAAAAUUUGUCAGAGAUAAACAACGGACAGUUAUGGCUCAGCUUGAAAAAGUAUUUGAGAAUGCUGACUAUGGUGAAGAUUAUGUACGAACUGUACGUACAGCUCCUACGCCUGAAUUGUCAUUAUUUACCAAAUUAUCUGAUGAAGUUCGUGAAAAAAUCUUGAAUAUUGAUAGUUCUUAUGUAAAUAGUUAUGAAGAAAAUGUUGGCGAUGAAAUCUGUUAUGACGAAAUGUAUGAUGUAGACUUACCACCGAUGCGAUCUGAUGUACUCGGCUUAAAUCAAGGAAUUAUCAUGACUCAGAUAAAGCAAUCACUAAAUAAAAGUAAAGACGCAAUAAAGAAUAGGCUAGAAAAUGUAACAACCGAUAUACCCGAAAAAGUAUAUACAUUUAAUCCAUCAAGUAUUCAAACAAUACGAACAGAGGAAGAAAUUCAAGCUUUUAAUGAUUUCUUAAUAAAAAGACGUGUUGAAGAAAAACGCUCAAAAAAAUUAAAUUUGGAUCCUUACAAUGAAGAUGAUAUUGAUUUUCACGAGAAUACAGAAGAGGAUCAAGUUGACGAUAAUGAAUACUUCAAUUUUGAUAGCUUCGAUGAUACCAGUGAAAAAGAAUUACAUUAAAUGCGUUGUUUUCGGGCGAAUUGUCUUAGGUUCUAAAUUAGUUGAUGUUUGACCUGGCAAUGUUUCGUCCUGACUGUCAUCUUCAUUUUCGGAUUUUGAAUCUGUGGAGUCAAUUGGUAAUGGAGCAAGUUUUCGAGGAAAAAUUUUUGAAGACUGUUUGACAUGUUGUGAUGUGAGUUUGGGUAUGUUGUCACUCAACUCACACGCUUCAAGAACGUGUUUGUUGAAAAUUUCACUUUUAUCGGCGUAAACAUGAUGACCAGCACCUGAUAUGACCUGUCAAAAAUUAUUUUAUUUAUUUUUUGAAAAUAAAGUAUCCUUCAUUAAAAAGUUGA